GAGCCAAGUGCGGAGUCGCACGUGAUCACCCUGUCGGAAGAGCAGUACACCAGUCUGCUGCAGUCGCUGAAUUUGCCGAUCCAUUCCAAGCCAAUCAUCAGCAUCCAGCAGGAGAAGGCAAAGAAGGCUGAGCCACCCUGCAGGGAACCCCAAUGAAUGAAAGUCAGCCAGAAGUCCCCCCAGCUGAUGAAGAGGAAGGGUCAUAUGGUCGGCUUGUUCAAAGUCCACCAACCUCCAAGGGUCGCAAACGCAAGAAAGACCCACAAGACGCGCGGUCAGAGCCGGGAAAGCCACGGCGAAAGCUUGGUCCCAUGUGGAAGCGUCGAGGGGAGGGCGCUCCUAGGAACCGUGAAAGGACACGCUACUUCUGCAGUGAUCCAUCUCGAAGCCACGGCCACGUGGUCUUUGGCCCAAAGGUUCCCGGAACGAACCUGUUCACCCUGGAGGCCCUACGCUCCAUCUGUCGGACUGACCUGGAUGUGCUGCGACGCCCCGCCAGCCUGCGAUCCAUCUGCGAGCGGGUCAGCCCACGCCGCUGCUGCACUUCCUGGUCCAUCCCGCACUUCGUUGCGCUGCUCCACAACCGGUCUUCGUGCCUGGACAUCACGGCGACCGAUGUCCAGGAGGUUCUCAAAAGGCUGGAGGCCUGUGCGCCCCACUACCACAGCAUGAAGUUGAGCCACGACUGUGCCUCGGGGGCCCCGCUGUGCCGCGGAGUACCCGCCGAGUGCAUCGAGUACAACGCAGUGUACACCAUCCUCCACUAUUUGGCCGACGUCGACUUCCUCGCCCCGGUCGCGGGCCGGGGGGACGACGACGGCGACGAGUUGAUCGGUCACUGGGACGGCGGCAGCCAACGGAACGACUCGGCGUCUGGUCCGGGCAAGCUCGUCCACAAGCCACACCUGUCCUACACGAGUGUGUUCCUUCCUAUAGCCCAGAGUACCGCGGCUAUGCCCUACUUCAAGGACCUCGAGGAGUACGGCCAACUAGAGGAUGACGUAACUCAGGUUGUGGGCAUGGAACUGGGGCUGAAGCACGCCCUCUUCGACGAGUACCUGCUUCACGACACGGUGUACGUGGCCCUGGCAGGCGUGACGGUGCUGGCAGCCAUGUGGGCCUACACGCAGUCGUUCCUGGUGACGGCCGUCACGUGCCUGGCCGUCAUCUUCUCUCUGGGCACGGCCUACUUCCUCUACACCACAGUCUUCCGCAUCUCCUUCUUCCCCUUCAUGAACAUCCUCACCCUUACGAUCGCCAUAGGUAUUGGAGCAGAUGACGCCUUCAUAUACUGCAAGACGUGGGGGGCAGCCAAGGCGGAGAAAAACAGCGGCACGUUGGUCAAGCUGGUCCGGGACACGCUGCACCACGCCUGUCUCUCCAUGCUGGUCACCAGCGUCACUACAGCUGCUGCCUUUUUUGCCAGCUGUGUCAGCAGUAUCACAGCUGUUCGCUGCUUCGGCCUGUUUGCCGGCACGGCUGUGCUGGCGAGCUUCUUCUUCACGGUGACAUGGCUGCCUGCAGCGCUCAUCGUGGCUGAGAAGUGGUGCUCCUCAACAUGCUGCCUCUGUGUGCCGCCAUUCGGGGUGUACCUGCCACGGCUCAAGCGCUUCUGGUGUUGCUCCCCCGUCUGUGCCGCACUGUGGCGUCUCCAUCACAGCUUUGCUGAAGCGGCACGUGUCUUCUACGACAAACUCCUGCCGUGCAUCGUGAUUCGGCUGCGGUGGUUCUGGCUUUUAUCGCUGACCCUGGUGGCCGCUGGUGGGGCGGUGGCCAUCUUUGUCCACCCGCGCCUGCGUCUGCCCGAGUCGCCCGAGUUUCAAGUUCUGAGUGCCAGCCACCUGUUCGAGCGCUAUGACCUUGACCUGAAGGAGCGCUUCUGGUUCGAGAAGGCACGGAGCAGGGACCCGUUCCACCGACUGCCUAUACGCAUCAUCUGGGGUGUGCUUCCUGUGGACACUGGCGAUUACCUUGACCCUUCCAACAAAGGGGCAGUGGUGUUUGACCCUGAAUUCGACGUUGCGGACCCAGCCUCGCAAGAGUGGUUGCUAUCCUUCUGCAAGCGGCUGCGUGCGCAAAGCUUCCACCGUUCGGCACUCGGCGUCCUCUUCUCGGGCUGUUUUAUCGAGACAUUCAAGUCUUGGAUGGAGAGGCGGUGUGUCGACAGUUUCAAGCAGGCCGACCGCUUUCCCUGCUGCGAGUCUUCCCACUUCCCAUACCCGAGGGACGUCUUCAGCCUCUGCCUGCGGAGAGCCAUCGCAAGCUUGCACCAGUCUCCCGGCUACUAUUUUGUCCCCGGCAUGGCGGGACCGCGCUUCCUACGCAACGGCACAGUACGGGCAAUCGUGCUCGAGUACGACAGCGUCUACUCUUACUCCCACUCGCACCACGACAUGGACAACUUCUGGCACCGCGUUGAAAGCUGGAUUGAGCAGGAAAUGAAGUCUGCGCCACCGGGUCUUCGCAACGGGUGGUUCACCAGUGACCUCGAGUUCUACGACCUCCAGAGCAGCCUGGCAGAAGGCACGCUGGUCGCCAUGGGCGUCGCGGUGGGUGUGUCGUUUGUGGCCCUGCUGGUGACCACGCUGAACCUUCUCGUGAGCCUGUACGCCAUCGUCACGAUUGCGUGUGUCAUCUGCACGACGGUGGGAGCUCUGGUGCUCAUGGGUUGGCGGCUCAAUGUGCUGGAGAGUAUCACGGUGUCGGUGGCUAUUGGCCUGGCCGUUGACUACACGAUACACUACGGUGUGGCCUACCGCCUGUCAGCUCAGCAGGAUCGCGAGACCUCGGUGAUUCAGUCGCUGUCCCGCGUCGGCAGCCCCGUCACCAUGGCAGCCCUGACGAGCUUCCUGGCCGGCGCACUCAUGUUCCCCUCAUUCGUGCUCGCCUACCUGCAAGUGGGCACAUUCCUCAUGCUCAUCACAGUCGUCUCGUGGGUGUACGCCACGUUCUUCUUCCACUCGCUGCUUAGCGUCGCCGGACCACAGCGCGGUCAGCUGCAGCUCGACUACCCGAGCCUACACUGCUGCGAGAGUGCGUCACCAGCACCAGUUGACAAGACCGUGUACGCCCUCUCCGAGUCCACCCUGUCCACUUCGAGCGCCAGCUGCCCCGCCGCCAUCAUACACAGCGAGAGCCACGAGCUCGAGCCGCUGACCCUUGCUGCUGCGCUCAACGGCGGCAGCGCGGUGAACCGCUUCGGCAACGGCAACAAAAAGAAGCAGAAGAAGGCAAGGCAGCGCUCGGGGAGCCUGUCCGCGGCAGCCGCAAGAACUCACGGCGCCCGCCGGAAAGUGAGCCUUCCGGUCGUGAGUGUGACAUAUCACGGCGACCCGAGUCCACGCCACGUGUCGGGGGCCACCAGUUCAUCGACCAUCGUGUGCGGGGCCGACGAGGACAUUCACGAUGACCCCAUUGUGUGAGCCAGUGCUGAUGACACACUAUGCUUGCUGAGCAAACCACAGGGAUUGUUCCUGCAUUUCUAAAGGGAUCCUCCCAGUCGUUGAGGCGGGCAUCGGCAAGAUUAAGUGCCAAAACAAAGACCGCGAAGAGAGAUUUGUUGAAAGGCUCGUGCUACCUUAAUGCCAGGGGCUUGUUUUUCAGUACACUGUUUACUCAAGUGUGACAGCCAGCUAUAGUUUGAGAGCUGCAGUGUUACGUCAUGUAUUGGACGAUCGCAAAUGUGACAUUGUUUGCUUACGUGGUACAACGUGGAAGAGGCCGAGAUCUUUGACACCAUUGUGUGAAUGAACCAAACGGUGGCUAUCUUGUGCAAGGUGGAAAAGGCAGGAACCCCAAGAGUUGAUUUUCUUGAUGGCUAAUUCUAGCUUCAGAGUGAAGUGACACAGCCAAGAAGGGUCAUGCUCGCCACAAGGAGGCAGUGAAAACCGUGUUGAACGCCGUAAGCGCAAGGGUCAGCAGUUAAAGCUAAUAGCAUGGCACAUGGCAAACACAAGGGCAAAGCAGACUGCAACAACACAAGCGCUGUGUUGUGUCACUCAGCUUGGUGCUCAUGAUGAUGAUAAUGAUGAUGAUGAUGAAUUUGGUGUUUUGUGGCACAAGAGCGAAGUAUGGUCAAAGAGCACCAGGCCACAUUUGGUGAGUUUAAAAUGUAGUAAUGAAUUACUGCAAUUGGCUGUGACAUGGCUGUAGAGGGGCCUAAAAAACAGUCACUGUAAGGUCCGUGAAAUGUGUAUGUAAUAAUAUUAUGGAAAUGACCAAUGAGGUGUGCUAUAAACAAACGCAAAAGUCGCAAUAUUGCGAAGGGAUAUGAGAACACUCGUAUUUGCUUGUAUCACCGUGCUGUUGGCUUUAGCCUGCACUAACUUGCCAAGUUUUCUCUUCUUAGGUCAGUGGCCAAAAGAGCUCUUUGUUGCAGGACGUUGGGUGUGCAUUUGGGUUUGCGCAUAUGUACUUGCCCACUUAUUACAAACAAGAACACCUUAGAGGGCAGCGGACAGUGGAAACUCCUCAGGACCGAGCCCCAGGUCUCCGUUUUACUUUCGUCUUUGGGUUAACCAGCUGCAACAGAGGUGCUCAAAGUGUGACCACUUGACAUGUACAUAUUGACGGUUGACCACUUGACAUGUACAUAUUGCUCUUUGUUACAAGGUCAGCAUGCAGCAGAUUGCAAAGAAACUUAGUAGUGACUGCCUUACUAAUGAUCAAAUAUUGUGGCUAUGCUUUUAAUUACAAUUUAAUGUGAUCAUGUAAAUAUGGAGUGAGCUAAUGAUUAUCCAUAAUGUUAUAUGUGAAGUAGUGGCAACUGUCUGUGGUCUUCAUUUUGAGUGAAUGAGAGCGUUGCGGUCACAUAUUGCAAAUGAGGAAAAUGUGCUUUUACUUUCAGCCAGUCACAAUGCAAAUGAACAAAAGGAAAAGAACAUGAGCAGCAAGCAUAUUCUGCACUUUUUUUUUUACUAAACUAGUGUGUUCGACACCAAAGCCAUUCAUUAUAGCUGAAAGUUAGCUUAUUGUUGUCAGUAGCAUUUCGCUGACAUGAAGCUUCACUUGCACAUCAUGCACACAUCGCUGAAUGAGACAUGAAUGUUAAUGACACAUAACAUUGCAUGCACAAGGUUGUGUCAGGCACCUGCAAGCUAGGGAUGUCAGAUACAGUUUGUGAUUAUCAAGCUGUCGAAAGAAUCUUGCUUUGUUGAGUAGCAUUUGUUUGCAAUGCCUUUGUGAACAUCACAAGUAAGAUCAACACUUUGUGAUCAAAGUACUGGCACAUAUGCUUUUGUAACUGGACCUAACUACCAUAUAGUCAAAAGAUGACCUUGCCUUGAAGCCCAACUGUGUGGCUACUUGGGAACUGCACGCUACACGCUUAUCUAUGCUGGUAGACUUUUGAAAAAAAUUUCAUGAAAUAAUGGUUCAGAUUGUUUCUAGACACGUUAUACUGAUGGACCCAACGAAGCCUACAUAGGAGCAAUUUCUUGCAAGCUUUACAGCUUUGUAAAGCAUAAACACAUUUAAGCUCAUCUAAAAUAGUUUCCUCGACACGUUGUUUGACUAUAUAGUACUGGUAAUUUCAACAAUUUGAACUGAAACAUUGCUUAUCAGUGCUAAAGUAAAGUGACCUAUUUUAGGACCUACUGCAACAUUUACAAAUAUGUAAUGCUGCCAGUAUAUGAGACAACCGUUAGAAGAAUUUUUAUGAAUGUUAAAUGCCACUUGAAGACUAAGAGGUUAUUGAAGGAACUUGAACGUUAUGGUAACUAUUGAAAAGCAUGCAGUUUUCGGUGCAAUUUGUUUUGUGCCAUUCACCAGCAUUCAUGCCUUAUAAUUCCAGUGACAGAACUUAUGCUCAUUUGGCCUUUCACAUGAUGUGUGCAUGAUGUGUGGAUGCAUGGAAAUAGGUAUUAUGUAUUGUGUUGCCAUGGUUACUGAAGAUUCUGUUCACUUAAGUUGUAAUUUCGCAAUGCGGUGUCGUGACUCUUUUGUGCCAUUAUUCGUCACACCUGCCGCCACGUGGCUCAGUGUAAUGCGUGCAGUGGAGCUUUGUGUUUUGGCGCUGCUGCCAUGAAUGCCAGAUAUCUGAGACUUCAUGGCAAGACAUGUCACAUGUGUGCUUCCGAUGUCCACCAGUCUGCCGAGUUGUCACAUCACACGUUCGCGUCACCUGCUUGCGUGACAGGUGGCUGACAGACUGAGUUAACCAGCAUGCGUCUUCUCUUCUGUGUGUCUCUCCAAAGUGAGCAGCAGCACCUGAAAGUCACAACUUGUGUGGCAAAACUUGUGCAUACCUCCUCAAAGGUCGUCACAUAUGUGUCUGUCACACCUUGUAUAAUGCACCAAGUCUAGCACCACCGAGCAGUAGUUUGUUUCUGUACAUACAAUUCAGCAGAGAUCUAGAGUAGGCUAGUUUGGUACAUAAACACUGUAGAAGAGAUUUGUAUGGUACAGGUGUCAUUGGUAGCGUGUAGAAGCAAGAAAGAAAAACAAAACGUCAUGAGUGUCUGCAGCAGCUGAAGAUUCCUGUCAUGUUUUUCUCAUCUCUCCACGUUCUUAAUAUCAUCUGUUAGGCAGUUUUGAGGUUUCACUUAUUUUUUACAGUAAAAUAUGUAAGAUAUGCAUUUGUGUCGGACAAAGCCUUACAACACCUUUGUGUCAUCUGAUAUCUGGCUUUUGUUGACUUAAACCAUAUGCUCUGGAAAAGAACAUAUGGGUAAUGUUUUGUGCAGAUAUGUGAACCAGUUACCUCUAAUACCGGCUCCUGGUUUGUUAUGAGGUUCCAUUUAUUGAGAUCUACAAGGCUGUCUUUUUGAUAUGGCUAUACGUCAGCCAUCAUUUCCGCUGCUGACAGAACAUGUAACUUACUGUUGAAAUUAAAGCAGACGGUUUUGCUAGAGUGAUAACUUCACAUAGUCCUGAACAAAAUUAUCAAAAUUGAGUCUCAGAUUCUUUGGGAGAGGCAUACAGUUCACGGCUAGGUUUGAACAAGCCAUAAGCUUGUAGUGCCUCUCCAAGCUGGCUAAAAUAUGUAUUGUGUUUCAAGAACUUGAUAUGGAGGACAUGCAUUGUUUUUCACUGUAUAGAGAAGCUCAAGAUUGUGCUUUGUGAGAGCGCUCAUUCUGUGAAGUGAAGUCAGUGGACUGCAUGAAUGCUAGGCAGUAAAGCUUGGCCGAUGUUUCAUGUGUCAUAAUGUUCCCAAGUAAUGGGAAACACUGUUAUUCAUGAUGUUCAUGUAAAUUUCACUGAGUUCAGUUUCUAGCACUUGUAGAACAUCAACGGUGCCAACCUUGUCAAAAAUCCUUUUGUAAAUGACUUGUCGGAUGUACACAAAUGUAGGCCUUCACUAGCUUGACGAGUAUAUUACAUUACAUUCAUUGUAAUUAACCUCGUCAAAAUGUUAGCUAGUUGUCAGUUGAAAGAUUAAAAGAAACUAUUAAGGCGUGCCAAAUGGCGACAUGCAGAGUUGGUUUCCAGAGUUGUAGAUAUUUCUAUGUACAUACAUUUCAGGGCAUGCAAAGGUCAACCAUGUGCAUGUUCAUAUUAACAGUCAUCAUCACCUGUACAAGGUGCACAUUAAACGUCAGUUCAUCUAGAAGAUAUUCACUGAUGCCUGACUCUCAGUAAGUUGAAGCGCAACUCCUGCAAUUUUUUUUACCAUGUUGAAGAAGCUGUUGGUUUACGUUUCUUUGUGCCCUUUGUCAUGUGCAAGAUAAUCCAGUCUGCACAAUACAGAAACCAGUUUAAGUGAUACCUGCGUCACUCGGGAACAAGUAAUGAGAUAAACGUGCACAUUGUUCUAAAAUUUUGUCUGGUUCCACAUGUACAUAGCGACACUAAAACUUAGUGCCACUUGAGCAUGCCGUGUUCUGACAAAUCGUUCAGCCGUUGAAUGCAUAAUAUUGUCCCCAAGUUACCACGCUGCACGCGUGAUAAACACGUUUCUGAAGUAAUCUUAAAUAAUGCUGCAUAAAGUACGCCUGUUUUUUUUUUAGCCACAUUUAAUGAGCUUCUGCCUUCUAAGUAACAUUUUCAAUGAUGCUACGAUUGGCAAAGAAACUGCAUUCACUGAAACUAUCAUCAUCACAAUAUUUAAAUGUCAUUAAAAAUGUGCACGUAGAAGCGACAAUGAUCUAGUACUGGCAUGAAGAAAUCAAGGAAAUUAAAGAUUUAAUUUUGAUUCUUUCUGGCAGCAUUUGUUUUACCGUCACUAGACCAUGGAAGCAUGAUAGAGAUUUAGUUCACACCUUACAUAUACAUAAAACAAAACAACUGCCGGAGUUGCUCUUUUAUACCACGGGAUAGUUUGUGUAAAGAGCAUCUUUUGUGUGUGUGAAAUAACAUGGUGCAAUUCAACAUGUACUGCCUCUGGUGAUAGAGUUAGUUCCACUUGGAAUGUAAUUUCAUUAUCGCUGUGGACUGCAUGUACAUUAUAUGGUGCUGUGCACCACGGUUGCUUGUAGCACCAUGAGGAAUGGUGCCAAUAUUUGCAGUUGUGUACGCUACUCAUUUCCUGCUGACAGCUGUCACACAAGAGAUAAAUUGCAAGCCACAUUGUUUUGUCAUGUGCACGCAUACUACAUUGUGCUGUCAAAAGUUUGGUCUGUCAUUGACGUGAUUGUGAGCUAACCUGCUUUGCUGUACUGCAACUUUUAUUAGACACAAAUGGCAGCAGUAACAUGCGCCAUGUUUGUAGCGCAAGAGUUUGAUUUCAGUAGGAACAGAAGUAUGUUUUGGUGGUGUUCUGUGUUGAACUGCGCUUAUAAGCACGUGAAUUAUUUGUAGGACAUGGCUUAGAUGCCGUAGAUUCUUUUUUUAUAUAAAUGUGAGUGAAAGUGAUUAUUAUGCCAAGUUUCGUGAAAAUUUCAUGUGCAUUACGUCAUGCUGCUCUCAUUGUGGGCGUGCUAAUACCAUGCCUAAGGUGCACUGAUGCGCCACUUUGUUUUUACACUUGCCGGCAAUCGCAGAGCAAGAAACCUUUUGGAGGGGAAACUCAAAAUUUUCACCAAAGCUGGAUAAUGGCAGAAGCUAUCUGGGCAGCCCGAAGCCUGUUGAAUGCCUGUGCUGUACGGUGGCUGAAAUUAUAGCGGUUGCCAUGGCUACAGAGCACUAGUGCUGCCACACUCCAUGCUGCAUCGCUAGGUGGCGCCACUUGAUGCCCUUACAGUUGCUGCGCACGCUCCGUAUGGGGAGGCCAACUUACACGACCUUGCGUGCUAAGCAGCGCUGCAAGCUUUCGGAGUCAGUGGACAUCAUCAAUUUAGGCUGCUAAUUGAUGAGGACAUGAUUGGGCUGAUAAUGAUGACUGUCCCCUUCCACCUUUUUCUGCUUGUGACGCCAUCUGGUUGCUCGCCUGCUCUGGCACACACGAAGGGACUGCAUCUUCUGCCCAAACGUUUCUUGCUGUGCAUUUCUUUUCUCACUGCAAGCGUUAUGUGCACCACAUGCACACACACAUGUAGAACCUGAGUCAAACUCUCUGCACUCAGUAUAUGCUCACUGUGGUAUGUGAUCAAUGCUCACCACCGUUCAUGCACAUAAUGUGCGCUUUAAGUUGUACAGCCAUGUUUCCUCUCAAAGAGACUCCCGUAAGACACGUAGCCGUAGAACAGAGGGCUUAGUGAGAGUUAGAUUGUAUCUACACAAGACGUUAUGGUGGUGAUACUGCGAGAGUACUUUUUCUCACGCCAAUGUUAAGAGUGUUGUGACUGUUACGUUUUUUUGUUCUUGUUGUUUGUUCGUUCGUUUGUUACCAAAAACAAAGUGCUGUUGCCAUUAAC